AUCACAGGGAAUACCUCUGUGUGUGGAGGGAGGGAUCAGCGGAGAGGUAUAAUUACAGAAACAGAGCGAGAGGGAGAGUAGAGUGACCCUGCACUCGGUGUUCAUUCAGCUCCACCAGAACAAUCAGGACCAUCAGAGCCAACAGACCAUCAGGACCAUCAGCACCAGAUACAUUAAGACCGGGCAACUCAGACAAGAUUCAAAUAACUUUAGAGCUUUGCUGACAGUCCGGGAGGAUUUCUGAUUUCACUCUGAUUCUGUAUUUCUGCUACCGUAAGAGAUUCACCUCUGACUGCAGAUAUCGUCUCCUCUGGUAUCGUCUCCUCUGGUAUCGUCUCCUCUGGUAUCGUCUCCUCUGGUAUCGUCUCCUCAGAUAUCGUCUCCUCUGGUAUCGUCUCCUCAGAUAUCGUCUCCUCUGGUAUCGUCUCCUCAGAUAUCGUCUCCUCUGGUAUCGUCUCCUCAGAUAUCGUCUCCUCUGAUAUCGUCUCCUCUGGUAUCGUCUCCUCAGAUAUCGUCUCCUCUGGUAUCGUCUCCUCAGAUAUCGUCUCCUCAGAUAUCGUCUCCUCAGAUAUCGUCUCCUCUGCUCCAGAUAUCUGUCGGGGUUGCAGCCCGUCAUGGCGUCUCAGUUUUCUGUCUUCUUCUUCAUGGCCUUCGUGCUUCUCGCUGACGCGUCUCCGACGGUGUCUCCAGGUCCGGAGGUGUCGUCGGGUCCGGAGGUGGACGUGGCGCCGGUCUGUCCUUCCUGCGCUCUGAUGAAGAAGAACUCGUCUUCGUCGGGCGGACAGGAAGAGAUAGUGGAGGCAGUGAAGCUUCACAUCCUCAACAUGCUGCACCUGAGCACUCGGCCCAACCUCACGCAGCCGGUGCCUCGUGCUGCCUUGCUCAACGCCAUCAGGAAGCUGCAGGUCGGCCGAGUGGCUGAGGACGGCAGCGUGGAGAUCCAGGAGGACGUCCCCGGGGCCCAAACACCUUCUGAACCCCCCUCUGAGAUCAUCGCCUUCGCAGAGCCAGGUGAGGCCAACACAGAGCCAGGAGGCUCUCUGAACUCCGUGACCUUCAACCUUUCAGCAGAGGGCGGCUCAGCGGUGGUGGAACAGGCCAACAUCUGGAUCUUCCUGAAGAUUUCGAAGGGAACCCGAUGGAAAGGGAAAGUGUCGCUGCAGCUUCAUCAGGAGGGUGAGGAAGAGGAGUGUGUUUCGGAUAAGAUGGUGGAUGUCCGUCGCAGCGGCUGGCACAAGCUCGCCGUGUCUCGCAGCAUCCAGACUCUGCUGUCGGGCGGCGGCGGAGCGCUGAGGCUGCGGGUCGUCUGUCCGCUCUGCAGCGAGGCCGGAGUCACAGCGGUGCUGACGGCCAGCGAGCGGGCCGGAGGGCGGGACCAGUCCCACCGACCCUUCCUCAUGGUGGCGCUGCGAGCUGUAGAGGAGGCUGCGCAGCGGCGGGUCAGACGCGGGCUGGAAUGUGACGGGAAGAUCCGCGUCUGCUGCAAACGUCAGUUCUACGUAAACUUCAAAGACAUCAGCUGGAACGACUGGAUCAUCGCACCGUCCGGUUACCACGCCAACUACUGCGAGGGGGAAUGUCCAAACCACAUGUCGAGCUUCAGCGGCUCGGCGCUGUCCUUCCACUCCACCGUCAUCAACCACUACCGCAUGCGCGGCCACGGGCCCUUCCAGAACAUCCGGUCCUGCUGCGUCCCCACACGGCUCAGAGCCAUGUCCAUGCUGUACUACAACGAGGAGCAGAAGAUCAUCAAGAAGGACAUCCAGAACAUGAUCGUGGACGAGUGCGGCUGCUCUUAAACCAGAGACUUCCUGCAGGACUCAGAGACUUCCUGUAGGACUCAGAGACUUCCUGUAGGACUCAGAGACUUUCUGCAGGACUCAGAGACUUCCUGCAGGACUCAUAGACUUCCUGAGGACUCAGAGACUUCCUGUAGGACUCAGAGACUUCCUGCAGGACUCAGAGACUUCCUGCAGGACUCAGAGACUUCCUGUAGGACUCAGAGACUUCCUGCAGGACUCAAAGACUUCCUGCUGGACUCAGAGACUUCCUGCUGGACUCAGAGACUUCCUGCUGGACUCAUAGACUUCCUGUAGGACUCAGAGACUUCCUGUAGGACUCAGAGACUUCCUGCAGGACUCAGAGACUUCCUGUAGGACUCAGAGACUUCCUGCUGGACUCAGAGACUUCCUGUUGGACUCAGAGACUUCCUGCUGGACUCAGAGACUUCCUGUAGGACUCAGAGACUUCCUGCAGGACUCAGAGACUUCCUGCUGGACUCAGAGACUUCCUGUAGGACUCAGAGACUUCCUGUAGGACUCAGAGACUUCCUGUAGGACUCAGAGACUUCCUGUAGGACUCAGAGACUUCCUGCAGGACUCAGAGACUUCCUGCUGGACUCAGAGACUUCCUGUAGGACUCAGAGACUUCCUGUUCGGUCAGAUUUAUUUUCGGGAAAGACUCUUUUCCACAUUGGAUCACACGAGAACACUAUGCAGCAACUCCUGCAUUUCCACCUGUCCGCAUUUAUACCUGUGUGUUUAUACCUGUGUGUUUAUACCUGUGUGUGUUCAUACUAGGGCUGUACCCGAAUAUUCGUUCGUUGGAGUACUAUUCGGGUUUCAAUUUCGUUAUUCGGAUAUUCGUUUUGUUUGUUUUUUCCCAGUUUUUUUUCAAAUUGAAUUUAUUGAAAUCUCC